AUGCCGCCGAGCGCGGAGGCUCGAAGGAAGGCGCUGGAUGAUUUCUUUGAGAGCGCACGCGAGGACGAUGUGGAGACCUUAGACGCGGUGCUCGGGAACGAUUCAGUGAAAGUUGACGAUCGAGAUCGUCAUGGACACGCGGCGACGCAUCACGCGGCGGCGCUUGGGAGUGAACGCGCGCUAAAGUCGUUGAUCAUGAGGAAAGGCGCGGAUGCGGACGCCGAGGACGACGACGGACGAACUGCGCUGCAUCAUGCGGCGGCGAACGGCAGAGACGCGUGCGUGAGAUGUUUGAUCGACGAGUGCGAGGCGUGGAUCGAUGUGUGCGAUGGGCGGGACGAGACCCCGCUGAUAGCGGCGUGCAGGCAAGGGGACGCGACGACGGUGGAGACGCUAUUGGCGCGAGGAGCGGAGACAAACGCGAGAAACGUCGAUGGGUGCGACGCGUUCGUGGAGGCGGUGUGCGUUCGUGGAGACGUUGAAAUCGGGAAAUUGUUGAUCAAGGCUGGGGUCGAUCCGAAACGGGCGCGCGUGCGAUGUGGGGCGGGCGGAGCAAACGUGUCGCGUUCAGCGCUCAACGUUGCGUGCGCUCUCGGACGGUACGGCGCAGUGAAAUUUUUGAUCGAUGAAUGUGGGCUCGAAGCCAGUGGAUCCGACUGCGCAGAUAUUGAUUACAUGACGCCACUCAUGUCUGCGGCGAUGAUGGGCGAGGGGGACGUUGUUGAGUACCUUCUCUUGAGCGGCGCGGCGGCGACAGCACAUUUGACAAGCGAGGACGGGUUGACUGCAGCGGAUAUGUUACCCGACAACUCCGAACUUCAUGAAGUGAAGCGCAAACUCCAAAAUUCGGCUGCAAAAGCGAUGCAAUCGCCCAGAGCUCGGAGUUUCAUCGCCGCGCCUCGCGAUGACGUGCCAAGGAAAUGGUCGACAGGCAAAAACGGAGGCGGCUCGCGCGCUGAUCCGUUGGAGGUUCGCAUGCGUUCCUGGAUUCAGGCGGGCGUCGAUAAAUACGAAGGCGUGCCGCGAAACGUUCGCGAAACACUGGAAAAGCACGCGGUUCUAACGAAAGAAAUAGAACUGCGUUCUUUCCUCCUAGGACUGAUCGAGGACGACCAGUUUCAAGAGGACAUGCAAGAUCCAAGCGUGCGCGGCGCUGUGGAUGACGUCAUCAAUGACUUUCACAACGUGACCAAAUAUCGCGACAAUGCGAGAAUCAUGCACGUGCUCACUAAGUUUCGCCAUGUUCAGCGUUUCUGUAAAGAUCGUGGAGAGAAAAUAACGUUUGAUGACAUUUUGGCGCCAGAUGAAGCAAAACUGGAGCGGCAUCGAGAGCGUUUAUCAGAACUCAAAGCGGCUGCGGGGGUUCUCUGGGACGACGCGUUGUUGGCGUUGAAAAUAUUCACGACUGGGGAAGAUAUGGAGGCAUUAGCCAAGUCUUCUUUCCCCGUCAUGAGUACUUGGAAGCGCACCAAGCUGCUGUUCUCCGAUAUGCUUGAGAGCCAAGGCGUACACGCCUUCGUCAGCUUGUCAAUCUUUGCAAUCGCUCUGUACUACUAUUGGGCUCUCGGGGGAUUUCGGCGCAAACAAUGGGAAAACAUCGCCGUCACCUAA